AUGAUCCACAGUACUGGGGGGAAGCAUGUCCCUCGACUUCCAGCCUGUCAAUCGUGUUAUACAAAGAAGAUAAAAUGCGAUAAUGCGCGACCAAAAUGUAUGCCUUGUGUAAAGAGUGGCCAUGCAUGCUUCACCGUUAGCCUCGGGGGGACUGUUCCGGUUUCAAGAGAGUACAUCUAUGAACUAGAGCAGCAUGUACAAGGCCUCCAGACAGAGAUGACCGUGGUGGAAGGUCAAGAGGUGGACCGAGGAUAUUCUCACUCCACGGCAGCAGUGACAGAGAGCCCAACGCCGACACGACCUGAAAGACAUAAUCAAGCACCGGAACCUUCGAUAGCAAUACAGAGUAAUGAUGUGAUUUCAUCACCCAGUAUCACGGAGGGGGUCGGGAUCAGUUUUAUGAGCUUGCUUUUUGCUGAUGCCAGGUGGCGAGACCAAAAUCUAAAGCUUUUGCAAAAUCUCUCCCAAUCUUCUGGCAUUCUGGAAACUUCGGUGCAGCCGAAUUCUCUUCCUCCUGCGGAGGAAGCAUUGGCAGUGUUCAACAACUACUUGAAUGUAUCCCAUGUGCAGAACCCAUUCCUGCUCCGCCGAGAUGUACAGAGAUUGUACCAUUCCGUCUUUUCAACAGGCCAAACCGGUCCUUCCUCGCAAAUACCGGACCAUCUAACAAAGCACGACGCCUUUCGUACCUUUAUGAUUCUUGCUGUUGGGUCGGUCAUGUUAUAUCGAUCCGGCGCUCAUAAACACCACCCUUACGGCUACUUUCUCACAGCAUUGCAAUAUAUCGAUACGAAUAUCUUGUCAAGGGGGUUGGAUUCUAUUCAGGAUCUAUUAUUCGUCGCGAGGUUCGGCAUCUAUCAUCACAUCGGUACAUCAAUCUGGGAGCUGACCACACUAUUUGCAGCGCCGGGUCUCUGGGAAUGCUACAUGAUCAGUCAGUAUAGCUCAAUCACACUGGAUCGUCCAGCUGCAAUUGCGGAUAGGGAUAUCCAAGUUGGGCUUCCUGCCGAUGCCGAUGAUCAAGAGAUCGAUGCCGCUGAGGCAUCUGGAUCGUUCUCGGAUCUUGACUCUUUCUGCAGAGCCACUACAAGGCCUACUACGAUGGGGAACACCGAAAUGACGGUUGGGCCCCCUAGCAAUGUUGGACAUGCGUGGACAAUGGACUCCAUCACCGCGAGUGGGAGGAUCUAUGCAGAUCUAGAGGAGUUACUGUCGGAGCUCGAGGAAUGGCGGCGAUCGGCUCCCAUGUUCUCUAAUCCACGAGGCUUGUACCACACACAGGAAUGGUAUGAUCUGCUGUUACUGAGGGAAAGACUGCUUCUAGUGCGCAAGGCAAUCGACCUGGUGCCGAAGCGGAACAAUAUCCCCCCAGGCGACCUCCUCUUGAUCUGCCUCGAGUAUGCCGUCGGUACCAUUACGAAGUUCUGCCCUUUGUUUGAGCAAGGGAAGAUUACCUACACUCGGAGUUAUUUCCAAAUGCUGUUCACUGCCGGUCUCUCGGUAAUGCUCUGGGUAUCGGUGGCAAGUAACCAUGACACAGAGACGAUGGUCAAGGCGGCAGACGCGGUAAAACAGAGCGAAAAAGCAUUAAAACAGAUGGGGCGUGAGAUGCCAGAUGCGACUCCUUACGUGUCUGUCUAUGAGGCCUUACAAGUACAUGUAUUAGGGAAGUAUAAUGUCGCGUCUAGGACAACGCAGCAAACGGGAGGAUACCUCGGGCAGACCCAAUCCCAGUACACGGGGAUGGACGGUAUGCUUCAUAAUCAAAACACGACAGGUGAAUAUCAUUCUGUCGAACAAAACCCUUCACAGUUUGGCAGCCACUGGCCGCCCCUACUCAAUGAUUUAGGCACACAUCAGCAGCUGGAUCAUGAACCUUCCACCUACGCUUCUCUUCUUUCACGAGAUCUAUUCGGAGACAACACAUUCUGGAAUGUGGAAGUGGGACUGGGGGAAUAUGCGUAUGGGGAUCCGAUGUUUCUUUUCUCGGGUAUAGCAGAUGACAGCAUAUAA